CUUCCUUUCAUCACCAAUUCUUAAGCUGAACCCAAGUCCUUAUCAAUUUUGCCGGAUAUCUCCGCCUGCCCAUCCAGGCAAUUGCCAAGACAGCUUUCUUGAAGUGCCCCUCCCCCACAUUGUGACACACUGGCCUACAAGUGAGUCGAGUGUCUGUCAUUCAGUUGAGACCUUGAGUGAGUCACCACAUUGCGGAAGCAUUCUCGGUCUGCCUUCGAGCCUAUCGCACCACGACCUGGGUCAUAGAACGCAAAGACAACACACACACAAUCAUGGCGACACACGUCAACGCCGCGGCUCUCUCUGAGUCUCCCGUACCGCAAGACGCACAACCAAAACAGCAGACCAAGCAGACUGUUGACCCUUACAAUGUUCAAGGCGAGGUCGACGAGAAUGGCGUGGUCCAGGCGAUCGAUUACAACAAAUUGGUCGAGGACUUUGGGACAAAGAAGAUCGACGACGAGCUGCUCGCGCGCUUCGAGCGCGUGACCGGCAAGCGACCGCAUCACUUUCUGCGGAGAGGCAUCGUCUUCUCCCACCGAGACUUUGAGCUCAUCCUCGACCGGUACGAGCGCGGCGAGCCGUUUUUCCUGUAUACCGGCCGGGGGCCUUCUUCGGAUAGUGUCCAUGUCGGCCACACGAUCCCGUUCGAAUUCACGAAGUGGCUCCAGGACACCUUCGAUGUGCCUCUCAUCAUCAUGCUGACGGACGACGAAAAGUACCUGUUCUCAGAGAAGAGAACCAUCGAGGAGGUUCAGGGGUACUGUAAUAGCAACGCCAAGGACAUCAUCGCCAUUGGCUUUGACCCAGCCAAGACCUUCAUCUUCUCGGACUUCGACUAUGUUGGCGGCGCUUUCUACCGGAAUGUUGUCCGCCUAUCCAAGCACAUCACCCUCAACCAAGCACGCGCCAUUUUUGGGUUCAACGACAGCACAAACAUCGGUCGUAUUCACUUCGGCAGCAUCCAGGGCGCGACCUCUUGGGCCUCUUCGUUUCCUCACAUAUUUGGGGACAAUGAGGCAGAGACGGUGGGGAUACCCGCCCUCAUCCCGUGCGCCAUUGAUCAGGAUCCAUACUUCCGCAUGACUCGCGAUGUGUCGGCCAGGUUAAAAUAUCAAGGCAAGCAGUAUGCCAAACCAUCACUCAUUCAUGCCUUGUUCCUGCCAGCGCUGCAAGGGCCGGGCACGAAGAUGUCGGCGUCCAUUGACGAGUCUGCAAUCUUCAUGCGGGACACGCCAAACCAGAUUAAAAACAAGAUCAACAGGUAUGCUUUCUCGGGCGGCCGCGUGUCGCAAGAGGAGCACCGGCAAUUCGGCGGCGACACCAGCGUCGAUGUCGCCUUCCAAUACCUGCGCUUCUUCCUGGAGGACGAUGACGAGCUCGAGAGGAUCCGGGUGGCGUACGAGAAGGGGGAGAUGUUGACGGGCGAGCUCAAGGCCAUCUGCAUCGAGCAGUUGCAGAAGUACGUGGCCGGCUUCCAGGAAAGGAGAGCGAAGGUGGACGACGAGACGGUGAAGCUGUUCAUGGAGAGGCGGCCUCUGAAGUGGGGAGGCAACCCGCGGGCACCGAUAGUAGUGCCCAAGGUUGAGAACGGCGAGGCGGGUGAGGCGAAGGAGGAUGGAGAGGGCAAGAUGACCAAGAACCAGCUUAAGAAACUGGAGAAAAUGAGGCAAGCGGAGGCCAAGAAGGCACAGAAGAAGGCGGAGAAGGCGGAACAAGCGGCUGCCAAGGCGACCGCGUGAGCGGAUGCGUGUCGAGGGAGGGUAUACCACGUUGUCGUGUAGAAUCUCAUGCCGUUUAUUAGCGAGAGGCUUGUGAUCUCGAGCGGAAUCAGAUCAGAUAGAUGCACCCACCGCGAGCCAUAAUCGUGACUCCACUUGAUCCUAAGCGAAUGGAGUUUGGCCAGAGGAGAGAAGCACAUACGGUGCAGAUUCGGAAGAGCAACACUGGUUAUCAGGCAUGAGGCGUACUGCGUCGUCGAGUUGCCUAUAAGAGGCAGCAGUGCGGGAGAUGUCUAUGGGGCCCGGGCC